AGCUUUCGAAAGCGUGUAUUUUAAACUCGAUUCGCGAUACGCGCGCAUCUUAAUUGCUUUACGAUUUCACGAACACGUCCUGGUUGUGAUUAUUUACCGACAUUAUCGUAGAUUGUGUUGUUGGUAAUGCGAGUAUAAUGGAGGCACCGGCUGAUUGUCCGAUUCAUUUUAAUUAACCCAACGAACCAAGCCGUCUAAAAUAUUGAUAGUAAUACACACUGGAGCAAGAGUUCUUCUUCCUCUGACCCACAAAAUAUUCAUCUCGUUUGAAUAAAUUUCUGUAAUUCAACGUAACUAAGCCGAGAAUGAUUUCGACCGAGACUCGGUGAAGCUAAGACACAGAUUUCACGCUUUUCAUUGAAUAAAUAAUCAUGAAAUGACGAUUGACGAUAUUUCACUACUAAUACCUCACAGUGAAAAAUGAACAUCGAUUGAACCAAGGUUUUUCUCGCUAAAUCAAAGAUUCGAAACUGUAACGCCGGCCGAUAUUUUUCUCGAAAAAAGUGAAACGAGGUGCGUACAAAAGUAAACUCGAACCUGAUAAAACGACGAAGUGAUGAAGCAACGACUGUUUCGAUUGUGCAAAGUGGUGACAAUAUAGUCGGGAAUAAAGAAGAACACAUGCACGAGAAUGGAGAAAUCGGAUUCGAGCUUUUCGACGAGAAUCGCCAACGCCCGGUGGGACAUGGUCUACGUCCAGAUACCGCUUUACUCCCUGAUAUUCCUCGCCGGAGUAAUCGGGAACAUCCUUGUGAUCCUGACCCUCGUACAGCACCAGCGAAUGCGGACGGUGACGAACGUCUUUCUCCUGAACCUCGCUGCCUCGGACAUAAUGCUCGGUGUUCUCUGCAUGCCGUUCACCCUCGUCGGCGCCAUCCUGAGGGACUUUGUCUUCGGCGAGGUGAUGUGCAAGCUGGUACCCUACCUCCAGGCCUGCACGGUGUCCGUCUCCGCCUGGACCCUCGUCGCCAUUUCCGUCGAGCGUUACUACGCCAUAUGUCAUCCACUGAGAUCACGUCGGUGGCAGACCUUGUCCCACUCCUACCGUCUCAUCGCCGUCAUCUGGACCGGAAGCCUUAUUCUCAUGUCGCCGAUAGCCGUACUCAGCGAGCUCAAACCUACCAGCAACGGGCACCAAAAAUGCAGGGAGAACUGGCCCGGUCACGGGGAAUACGAAAAGGCCUACAACCUGAUCCUCGAUGCCGUCUUGCUAAUUUUUCCGCUCAUCAUCCUGGUCACGACUUACACCCUCAUCACCAUCACUCUUCAGAGCAGCGUUGACCCGACGGUGGUCAGGCAUUCAGCGGCAAACGGCUCGGUGGUUUCGGAGGUUUACCUGGGAUCGCGGGGCGAUACGUUGACGCGUUGUUCCUUGAGGACCUUGGACAGGACGCCGUCGUCCCGACGGAGUUUGCGUCUCGUCGCGAAGUCGUCGGUGGGCGGAAUGAAGCCGUGGGACGAUCAGGGCGAGGCGUCGCAGCGUUCGACUCGGGGCCGUUCGGCGAUGCUGAAGCGGAAACGGAAGCGACGGAUAGUCGAGAUGCUCUGCGUCGUGGUCCUCGAGUUCUUCCUGUUCUGGACGCCGCUCUACGUGAUAAACACCGUCGCUCUCUUCAGCCCCGACGCCCUUUACGACGGCCUGAACCCGACCUGGAUAAGCUACUUCCACCUCUUGGCGUUCUGCAGCUCAUGCUGCAACCCGAUAACCUACUGCUUCAUGAGCAGCGGAUUCCGCAAGAGUUUUUCCGGACUUUUCACCGGCUGCUGCAGCCGGGCUUGCGGCUGUCGAAAACGAGCCGAAGGCCGGUACAGAGAGCCUCCGUAGAUCGCGGAGGAUUUUGUCGAUUUUAUUCUACCUGGAUGACCGGGAAUCGGCGAUCAAUUUGUCCCGCGUAUCGCGCUAAACGCAAGACGAUGCAUAAUUAAUCGCUCGAAAAUGCCCGAAUGGGACGGUGGAAAAUCACUCGUUGUUUCACAACGCCGAGAGGCACGCGAGAGGCGGAAUUUGAGUCAGCCGCCGAUUGUUAAAAAUCGGCCAGCUAACCGAUCGAGGGGUACGCGUCUGAUACGCGGGACGAAUGAAUAACAAUUCGACUAUAUACGAAUUAUCUUUUGUACAAUGUAAUUUCAAUACAGUCCGCUUGGCUCGUGAAAAUUACAAACGGCUUCGCGUUUAACAUCGAUUAUUUAUUUCAUAAUAUAUUACGUCGCAAGCUGUAAAUUAAGCGAUGCCGCAAGUCGAAGAUCGAUCUUUACGCUUCCUUCGUUUCACUUAAAAGUUAUCUUAACACGUCUGUACGUAUUUGUUUAACGUGUGAAUACAAUUAGACCGAAUCGAUCGUCCACUCGCCGCAUUAAAUAAUCAAUCGUCACUUGUUUAGUGCUACAAUAAAUUAACGUGUAACGAAA